UAAGUUAUUAUAAAAUAAUUUUAUUCAUUUAUUAGUUAUCAAAAUAUUGAUUACUGAGAUUUUGUAUUACUAGGUUGGUUAUAUGAUAUGUUCCUAUGAUUCUUGUGUAAGAUUAAAAUUCCAAUGUGAAAGCUGACGAAGUAAAUCCGUUAUCAUUCGUUACACACAUAUCGAACACACAAUUUUAAUUCAAAUAUUUAUAUUAUAUUUUUAAUAAUCAUUUAUAUAGCAAUUAAAAAUUUUUUUGCAAUGUCUAAAAUUAAUAAAACAAUAGAAAAUAAUUCGCGAAUGGUAUCAGAUACUUAUAAAAAGAUCUUAAAUAAGUGGAAAAAUCGUGAGUAUAAUUAAUUUUUACAUGAUGUAUUACAAAUUAUUAUAUUAUAUUAUAUUAUUUAUAAUAUUUGCUUUAUGAAAGACUAACAAUUAUAAACACAUUUAUUUAAUAAUUAAUUAUAAUAUAAUUAUAUUAUAUAAUAUUUAAUAUUAGUUACAAUAUAAUAUAAAAUAUGCAAAAAAUAUAUAAAAAAUAUUAAUUAUAAAUUUAUUAUUAUAAUUAUAAUAUAUUUAAGUAUGUAUUAGUAAAUCCAAAUUCAAGUAUAUAUUUAUUUCUUAUAAAAUAAUGAUUAACACUCUUAUUAUUUAUUUUAUAUUAAUUAAAAUUCAUUUUAUUAUAUUUUUAUGUUGUUAUGUUAUAUUUUGUUUACAAAUAGUUAAAUACGUUAGAAUUUCGUAUCAUAAUUUAUAAUGUUUAUUUAUAAUUUUUUUAUUAGUGCUAUGAUUUUAUAAAAUAAUAAUAUUUCAAUUCUUUUCUAAUCUAAUAGUACAAAUGUAUCAUUAUUAAUGUAAAUUAUAUAAAUCAUGAUAAAGAAUCAUGAAAAUAUAGAUAUUCAUUCAGAUAUAUCGGAAAUGAUUCAUAAUAUGAAUUAUUAUUUAUUUAAAUAUAUAUAAGAAUUAUUUAUUUAAAUAAUUACAUUUAAUAUUUCAAAAUUAUCUACAUUUAUCUACAAAAUAAAUAUUUUAAGAUUUAUUAUUCACGUUAUUCAAAUAUAUUAUUCAUAUCAUAAAUUAAAGUAUUAUUUUUUGCAAUAUUAAAAUUUUAUAAUGGAUUAAAUUUUAUGAUUUCAUUUAUUGAUUAUUUUUGUUAGCAAUGAUAUUUUAAGUUAAAUAAUAAUCUUAUAAUUAUAAUAAUAAUAAUUUUGUAAUUAUAAUAAUAAUAAUUUUAAAUAUAUUAUUAUGAAGUAUAUAAUAAAAUAUAGUAAUAUAUAUAAUAAAAUAUAAUAAAAAUAAUUUUAAUUAAAGUUUGACAGUUCUAUUAGGAAUGAAGUUAGAUUUCAAAAGUCAUGCACGUGAUCUGUACUUAAGGUACUUGCAAAAAUUUCGGGUCCCGACCACUCUGUGGCAGCACUGAAUGCCGGUCGAAACCUAAAACGGUAGAGCAUUGCGCCGGUUGCUUCUAAAGUAGACUGUUUUUGAGAGAAAUCACUCCGCCCUUUAGAUCUCGUAAAUUAAUUCAAGAUUUUCAUUCACAAUGUGCAUUAUUAUUAUUUGAAUUUAUUAUUUUUUUAAGUGUCAAUAGUACUGAAAUAAAUGUGAAGUGGAAUAUUUAUCAUUUUUUAAAAAUUGGAUAAUGUUCUAAGAGUCAAAAAAAAUUUUUGUUAUUGAAAAAGUUACUUUAGACGAAAUAAUAUCAAACCAAUGGGACAAAAAAGUAUAAAAUGAUUGUGUAAAUUUCUGAGUAAAGAAUUCGUUGUAUAAUAAUUUUGUUCGGUACAUUGUUAAUUAUGUUCUAUAUAAUUUAAUUUAUACAAUUGAUUUAUUGCAGAUAAAAGUAUGUAAAUUUUUUAUGAUAAUUGUGCAUUUGUUUAUAUAUAAUUCAGUUCCUCAUGUUAUUUCUAUGUUAUUAAAAUCAUAUGUGCUUAUGAUGAUGUUAUUUAUAUAUGUAUGUUUAUUCAUUGACUAAUGCUACUUAUUUCUUUGUUUUUAUUAUCAUAUAUAUAUAUAAUCAUGUUUUUAUUAUAAAAAAUAUGAAUGUAAUUUGCUUGGAAAAGUUUAUGGUUAUUAUUAGAAAAUAAUUUAUAUAUUUUUUUCAUGCAAAAUUUAUUAUCUUUUAUUCAAAAGUUAUAAACAUUUAAUAUUUCGAAAUAUUUAAGAACUGAUUUUUUUUUAUAUAUAGUUAAAAUACAUAUAUAAUAUAUAUAACCUCCAUUUUCACAUCUGUUAUACUAAUCUAGAAAACGUAACGUAAACUUGGGCGUUGUUGGAAUCGAUUAUCACGCCAUUAAGGGAAAUUCGCGGGGAAAAUAUAUGAAAAUAGAUUUCAUCCAUGUACAAUUUCUUAAAAAUAUUGUGAUUUCAUUGCAAUAAUAAUUAUAUGUGACAAUGUUACGAAAGUUUUUCUAGAAACUGUUGCUUAUAAAUAAUAGAAUUUGAAUCGUUAAAAUAAUAAUAUAAUUAGAAUAGAAUAAGUACAUAAAAAUUACUUAAAUAUUUUAUUUUUGUUAUAUUAACAAAAUAAUAAAUAUAAAUUUUUUCAAUAAUUGUUGAUUGUUAAUGUUUGUAUUAAUGUUAAUCAAGUUAUUUAUUAAUAACUUAUCUAGAGAAAGGAAAUAAGAGGUAUUAAUUAAUAAUUUUAUUAUUUCUCUUACAUUAUAUAUUUAAUUAUUAAUUUAUAAUAUUAAUGGAUAUAUACAUUAAUUGAUUGUAAGUAAAUGUAAUUCCUAUGACUGCACACUGAACAAUUUAUAGUGCGUGAUUCCCAUGGGAAAUCCGGUUGAAACAUAUGUAUUCGUUAUUUAGUUCCGUUGUUUGAAAAAAACCAGCGAACUUAAAUAUUUAUAUACUAUUACUGAGCUUAAAUUGUAGCUUAAAUUAUAAAUUAAGCUUAAAUUAUAUUCAAUGUUAUUAUCUACGAUAUUUUCAAUACUCGUUACAUGUUAAAAAAUGUUUAUACUGUUUUCUAUUUUAAUUGUUACAAUUAAAAAAUAUAAUAUUUAAUCCAAAAUAAAAACAAUUUUAAAUUAAUUGUCAAUACACAUGUUUCACAUGAGAUUAUUCAUGUUGUGCAAGUUAACACUUUUUUUUAAUUAAUAUAAAAAUAUCAUCUUGAUAAAUUUUAUCGCAUUUUUCAAAUCGAUUGAUUCGAACGGAUCGAUAUUAUCGAAACCGGCUGGAAAAAACGAUAUCACGUGAUAUAUAUAAUCACUAUUGUGUAUCAUUAUUAGUUUAAAAGUAUCAAGUUCGGUAAACAUCGAAAACAUUUAUUACUGAUAUAACGAAAAUCUAUAAUCGAUAUUAAUGAUGUUUAAAUGCUGUGUGUGCAACAAGAGCUCAAAAAAGGAGAAACCAAAUAGCGAAAUGACGAAGUCGACGCCAAAGCAAAAUCAAAAAGCGAUUGACUCGCAAUUGAUUAAUACUGAUUCUUUAAAAACUGAAGAAAAUGGACCGAUUAAAGAAGAAAAGCUAAAUGGUAAUAUACAGAGAUUUGAGAAAGUUUCUUCGUCGAUGGAGAAUAAUAGUGUGGAAAUAAUCGAUGAUUUAACUGUCAAGAGUCCAUUACCUAUCGGCAAGCGAGAUGAAAAUAAUGAUAAUUCUCGAUUACGAAUAGAAUCGAUAGAGAAAUCGAAUGAUGUUGACAAUAAUGAUGAUAAAGAAAAUGCAAGUGAUCGAACAAAUAUAAAAAACAAAAAUAGAGAGGUAAACAGAAUUAAAGAUACAAAUAGAAAUGAAAAAGUAGAGGAAAAUGAUAAUAUAAGUGGAAAUGAUAAUGGGAGUAAUGAGAAUGGAAUGAUGAAGGCAAUAUUAAAUUCUGGAAUCUCUGGUACUAUUAAAACCAAUCUUUAUAAUUCUUCCGCGUAUAUCGAGAGAACGAUUGAUGAUGGACCAGAAGAGGAAGGUGAUGAUUCCGUUUUCGAAGCUUGUCCGAAUGAUACCAAUGCAAAUAAAAAAACGCCGCCAGUUUCAUCAAUUCCUCGGUGGCUUUCGGAAGAAGAAGAUGGUGAUUCAGAAGAAUGCAGUGGAAUGCAGGAACCACCGGCGACGCCAGUUGCUCGUGAUGAACUAGCUUUAAGACGUCAUAGAUUCUUCUCCGAUUUAUUGCAUGCCGCGCAAAACGCGACGGAGCACAGAGUGAGGUUCGACCCCCUAGGACCGAUGGUGCACGCUGGUUGUGAAGCUAAUGAGAAGGAAGAACAUUUAGAAGAAUUGGUAAAUAGAUUAGAAAACGUUACAAGAAGAUUAGAAAAAGUAAGAGCCCAAUCUACAAUUGAAACUCAAGAUUCUGCUGUCCAAACAAAUACACCAUCACCAAAAAGGUCUCAAUCCAUAAAAAAUAGUGAUUCAAUAUUGUCUGUCUCAUCUCCUCAUUCAAUAGAUAAAAAAAUAGCAGAUAAUUUUAUCAUCAUGUCAGUCGCAGGAUAUGAAGAUUUUUUAGCUGGUCCUGUGAAAGAAUAUCUUCAAUUAAGUGAAAAAAUUGGUGGUGAUGUAGCUACUCAUAGCAAACUUGUAGAAAAAGCAUUUAAAAUUCAAUUGGAAUUCAUUCAAACUGCAGCAAGCCGCCCAUCUCCAGCAAAUCAAUCAGAACAAAUUUCUCUUCUUGCACCUACAUCUACACAAAUUCAACAAAUUCAAGAAUUUCGCGAAAAAAAUAGAGGAUCUCAAUUUUUCAAUCAUUUGUCAGCAAUUAGUGAAAGUAUUCCAGCUUUGGGUUGGGUUGCAGUAUCACCUACUCCAGCUCCUUAUGUGAAAGAAAUGAAUGAUGCUGGACAAUUCUAUACAAAUCGUGUUUUAAAGGAAUGGAAAGAAAAAGAUAAAGUACAUGCUGAAUGGUGUAAAGCUUGGAUACAAACAUUAAGUGAUCUGCAGCAAUACGUGCGUCAACAUCACACUACAGGAUUAGUAUGGGCAAAAACUGGCUCUGCACCAGUAGGCAUACCACCACCUCCACCACCAUGUAUGCCUAUGACAGACAUAAUACCAGUAAAUGUUAGUGAUGAUAGAAGUGCUCUUUUUGCUGAAAUUAAUCAAGGAGAAGCUAUUACAAAAAAUUUAAAGAAAGUUACGUCAGAUAUGCAAACACAUAAAAAUCCUUCACUGAGAACUGGGCCAGCACCAUUUAAAGCACCAAUUGUUGGUAAUACUGUACCAACAAAAACAGUACCAUCUGCAAAUGCACCAAUUGAUAAACCUCCUGUAUUUACUAGAGACGGAAAAAAAUGGCUUGUGGAAUAUCAUAAAGGUAAUAAAGAUUUACUUAUUGAUAAUGUGGAAAUGAACAAUGUAAUCUACAUGUUUCGAUGUCAAGAUAGUACUUUAGUUAUUAAAGGCAAAGUUAAUUCCAUUGUUAUGGAUUCAUGUCGUAAAUCAUCUGUUGUUUUCGACUCCGUUGUAUCGAGUAUUGAAUUCGUCAAUUGUCAAAGUGUGCAAAUGCAGGUUUUAGGAAAAGUUCCCACGAUUUCUAUUGACAAGACAGAUGGUUGUCAAAUGUAUUUGAGUUCGGAAUCAUUAGAUGUGGAAUUUAUUAGUAGCAAAUCUAGCGAAAUGAAUGUUAUGGUACCUAAAGGAAAUGGAGAUUAUGUUGAAUAUCCUAUACCAGAACAAUUCAAAACAACUAUUAGUCCCAAAGGUUUGAGUACGAUUGCAGUUGAUUCAUUGGGCUAAAGUAAUUCAAUUAUUCAAUAAUUCAAUUAUUCAUAGCCUAACUAAACGUCUCUACGAGUACAGCUCAUUAGAAAUAUCAUCUUCAAAGAAUUCGUCGAAUUAUUAUUUAUUGCUUCUUUAAUUAAUUUAAGAAUUAAAAGAAGGAUGGAGAAUUAGGGAAAAAUGCGAGUACAUAAAAGUAUAGAAUUGUAUUAGAUAAAUCGAUUGAAUGUUUUGAUAUCGCUGCUCUAUCUUGUUUCGAACAUAUUCGCGUGCUGUAUGAAGAUUAUCGAUUCCAUUGCGUAUGAAAUUGGAAUCACUUUAAAAUGAUGCUCAAUUUAAACGAAUCUUAUUAAAUUAUAUACCUUAUAAACAUGCAGAUAUUUGAUUGUCUGCAACUCGAUAUUUUGUAAUAUAGUCAUAAUUAAAUCCCUAGUAAUAUUGUGAUUCGUAUAAUAAGUGAUAAUGAAAAAAAAUGGAGUCGACAUUCUUCACGAAUAUAUUAUUACGCACAUUGGUGCUGAGAUGAGGAGGCUGGAUUGGAUUAAAAUGGUAUGGACAAAAGUUUUUCUAUUUUCAAAUCUGACCUUUUAUAUAUUUACACCAUUUUUUAUCGUGAUCAAACUUUUGUCCACACCAAAUUUGCUUCCCGAGAUUUUUCAGUUGUACUCGCCAUGGAAUUGUCACUCAAUAUUCUUGACAGGAUAUUCUUGAAUAGAGAGUGAUGCGUACAUAAACAAUUUCUGAGAAAUCAAAAUAUCAGGAAGUAUUCACGAGUCAUUUAUACAAUGUUAGUGAUGUCAUAUCGAUAAUUUAACUCUUUCGCCGCUAUUAGCGCUAUAAGUGCUCAAAAAUGUUCUUGUAAGCACUUUUAGAUAUAUUUAAUUAUUUUAUUUUAAUAAAUCUGUGUCAUAAAUCAUGGAGAUAAAUUUUAGCAAAUAUCACUAUAUUGACAUUUUCUACAUAUUUUAUGCAUUCUAUUAUCAUAUGUGUUCUGUACUAAACUCGGCCUGCAGCGAGAGAGUUAAUAAUAUUAACUUCAGACUUUUGCAUCACAUUUAUUUUACAUAUCAUUCGUUUAUGGUAUUAUUAGUUUUUUUUAGAAAAUAUUAAUUAGAAAUAAAUUAUUUUGUGUCAGUAUAUUAUAAGUAUAAUAAUAUGAUUUCGAUUUUAAUGUUUGAGCUUUUAUUUUGUGAGUCUUCCGUGUUUAUAAAUGUUCGUGAUGUGUAAAUAAAAUGGGAUGCUAAAUUUAUUUUAUGAAUAACAUCGAUCUUUAGGCGCAUUUAAGAACUUUCAAAUUCAAAUGUAUACGUAGUUAAAAAUCACCAAAAAAGAAAAAAACGGUUGUGCAAAAGUCUCGAUAAUCCAACCGUAAAAAAAGAAAACAUUUCGAAUAAUAAAUAAUAAAUGAAUUAUAAACUCGAUAUUGAAUUUUAAAAGCGUGCUGUUUGAAGUAAAUUACAUUGUGAUUUUUACCAUUUAGUAUAUUGUGCUAAUCGUAGGUAUAAUCUAAUAUUAACUACUUAAAGGCACGAUCUAAAAUGACAUGGUCAUAAUAGAAUAACAAUGAAUUUAGCAGUUCGAUCCUUUCCACUAAAUAAAUGAAAGGAAAAUUCGAAAGAGUUUAUGACUGUUUUUAUAAUUUAUAUGGUACUAAACAUAUUUGUAUGAUUAUUAAACAAUAAUUAUUUAAUUAAAAUUAUUACCAGUAAGGAUCGUGCUGCCAUAAUGCAGUAAUCCCUAACAAUCUUUUUUUCGUUUUAAUAUCGAUAGAGUAUUAUAUCGAGAUUAAUAUUUAUUUCUCAAUAUGAUUUUCAGUGCUAUUUCUAAUUGUCCUAAUAAAAUUAUACUAUUUAAA